GACAAAGUGUCGGCUACCAAGGAAAUUACACAUCUUUGUUCACAACAGUUCGCAAUUAUGCCGACCAAAACCUCAUCUACCACCGAUCCGCAAGCCUCUGACCCGAUCGAUCGAGACUACUAUCUGCGCAAGCCAAAACCGCUCCCGUCGGAUCCAGCCAUACGUUCUCUAGCCCAGGCUGUGUUACGAGAUGGAUAUGUAGUCAUUCCCAACGCCUUUACAGAAGCAGAGGCCCUUGAAGCAAAAGCAGAGAUUGAUCGACUUCAUGGUCAUCGCCCACGCAUUGGCCGUGAUUCAUUUGAUGGGUUUAAGACGAAUCGUAUCUUCGCUUUGCUGAACAAGACGCGCGUGUUUGACAAAUUUUGCCUGAUACCCCAAGUCCACGCACUCAACAACUUCUUCCUAGACGAUGAUUACCUGAUCUAUAUCAUGGAGACAAUUACUAUCAACCCGGGCGAGAAGGCCCAAGUACUUCAUCACGAUGAUAGUGUCAUUCGGCUGCCCAGACCUCGACCUCCUGUCACGGCUGCUACGAUGAUUGUGUUAGAUGAUUACACCGAGAUGAAUGGUGCCACAAGAAUUAUUCCCGGAAGCCAUCUCUGGGGCAGUGACAGAUUGGGCGAAGAGUCAGAAGCCAAGUCGGUCGUCUGUCCCAGAGGCAGUGUUAUUUAUUUUCUCGGUACAACAUGGCACUCUGGUGGAGCAAAUAGGAGCGAUAAGCCACGACAUGCUGCAACGAUUCAGUACUGCCAGCCGUAUAUUCGGCCGUUGGAGAACUUAAUGCUCGCUGUUGAUCCCAGAAAAGCACUCUCGGGCGAAAUCCCGAAGAAGAUUGUCGAUAUGAUGGGUUAUCGCAGUGCUAUUCCCUUCGUGGGUUAUGCCGAUGGCCUCAAUCCUAAAAAAGCCACAAAUCGGUUGAUCCGAUGGUUACAGGGUCCUGUAGACUACAACCCCCCCACCUUUGCCAAAGAAGCUGGUGAAAAGGAAAACAGAAUCCUCAGCAAGUUGUGAAGCGUGUAAUAUCCCUUCGGGGGGAACAGCGGUGUCCGCUUGCCUGAUCCAACAAAAAUAAGACAGACCAACUUAACUACGAAGAGCCGAAUUCCAGCCGCAAGCUAUCUUGUACCAAUAAGUUCUCCGUUGGUUACUUUGUUGUUUGUCCGCUUUUGUCUAAGCUGGUCUCCUUCGUCAGCUUAUGUUGGAGCCCAGGUCCGGGUGUCUUAGCGCUCACGUACUGUAUAAUGACUGGUUAUGUUAACCCCAUGGAUUAGCUCAAAACUUAAACUAUAGAGCCAAGUAGAAAGAGCUUCCGUAGUGUUACUCGGUAAUUUAAUAAUUAACCUCAG